AUGGUCAAGCAGAAGGCAGUAAAGAGAUUGUUGGAAAACAAGUGGAAUGGUAGGCAAGAUAUUCAGUUGGGUAAAAGGGAUGGCAAAUCAUGGAGGCUAAGGAAAGCUGCUGUCACUUCUGUAAUCAUUGUUGUCCUGAGCAGUUCAUUGGGAGUCCUCCUUCAAGCAGCAGUCUUGGUUGAAGCCAUCCUCGUCAAUAUUUUUGGUGGGAUCGUCAACUGUGCCAUCAUUGCCAAUGGGAUCACCAAAGCCUGUCGGGAAUUGGAACUCAAGGUGCCCCUGGUGGUCCGACUUGAAGGAACCAAUGUUCAAGAGGCUCAGAACAUACUCGACAACAGCGGACUCCCCAUCAUGUCAGCUGUCAACCUGGAGGAUGCAGCCAAGAAAGCUGUGGCUAGCGUGGCCAAGAAGUGAUGUCCUCGUCCUAUCUCUUGGGGAAGGAAGGCCAUUUUUCCAUAAAAAAAGAAAUGGUUCUCUCAUCACUGUGAAGGAAGUGGUUAUCUCACUGGGAAAAAAUGGGGGAAGGCAUGAGUAAGAAUCACCGUCUGAAAAACCGUAAAUCUGUAUUUUCUGGAAUAAGAUAUUUAGACAGCCUAAAUCUGAUUUUGCUUAAAGGCUUUAUAAAAAUAAUGUCUCAUACUUUGUGUUCUUAUACUGUUCUAUCACAGUAAGCCUGCUCAGUAGGCAGUGUUUUGCCAACUCUGGAGAGUAGUCUCUGUGGCCAAAUAAUGUGCAUAUAUACAGAAUUUAAAAUGAGGCCCUGGUUCAUUUACAAGAAUUUUGGUGGACAUCUAAUCUG